ACGUGUUCGCUCUCUGCUCCCACCAAAAAUUAUUAUUUUAUUUCGUUUUUCAGUUCAGAGUGAACUUUUUGAUAAUCUGUUGUUGUCUAAGCUCUAAUUCCUUGUCAAAGUUUGAAGUUAGCUCACCACACAGUAGAAACAAUUAGUUAUGGAUUCGGGCCGAGGGGGAUUCGGUCGGGGGAGAGGCCUGGGUCGUGGCCGAGGUUAUAAUCCACCUGAUGAGGAGGAGGAUCCGCAGGAGCUCAGUGUUGAGUUCCAGUUCGAAUCAACGCCAGCGGUGACGACCAGUCCGCCAGAACAACUGAGCGCGGCAGAGCUGCGAGCCAGAUAUGAAGAAGAAGUGGACAUUGACGAGGCGGUUGGAGGCUUGGAGGAAGUUUCGAUCUCGUCGAUGCCUCAACGACAAGACCGUCCAGUUGGAAUCAGAGGAGACGAUGAGAGUGAUGACGAAGAAGUUACGGGCCCAUCCAUUGGACGAGGGCGUGGAACGUUCGGUCGCGGGUCAGCUCCAAAGUCGAAGCCCUUGGGGGAUGUGGGCGAACCUACCAAGAAGGCGGUGUCUCCGACCAGCGGUGUGGCAAAACCAUCAUUUCAUUUCGGGAUGAGAGCACCCACACCUGCAGCACCUGCCAGACCUCCUCGUCCUCCUCCACCGGCUGUGGUUGAAGAUGAACCUGUUGUUCUUCUCCCUCAAGAAUCAUCAGAACCAAUCGAAGCUGUAAUUCCCCCUGAAGACUUGAAACCUGUUGUCGUGGUCGCACAAGAAGCCCCUGAAGAAGGGCAACAAGAACAGGAACAAGCCAACCCGAUUGGUGACGAGGCAGAGUCCAGUCAUUCGAUAGUUUCCAGCCAUGGGGACUCCCAAACUACACCGACUGUCUCGAAAUCUAAGCGUGGUGGCGGGGCGGUCGUGACAUCAAGUUCAGGUCGCGGACGUGGCAAAAUGGCUCCUGAAGAAGUUGGAAUCGAGGCUCCCAAGGCUUCAUUGGGACAACAGCCGGCAGCCGCUGCUCGGACAGAGGAAGCUCCAACAUUGGCGCCUCAACGUGACCGAGCUCCAAUGGUUCGAAGAGGAGCGAAGGGCGAGGAAAUCACAGUGGCUACGAAUUACAUUCGACUAAGGUUUAUCGGCAACUGCACGAUUCACGAAUACCAUGUGGAUUUUGAUCCUCCCCUCGACAGCACUACGAUGAAGAAGCGAUCGGUGCGGGCUGUGAUGGGAGAUAGGACGUACACCUUCGACGGAACGAUGCUGUUUACCGCCGUCAAGUUCGAUGAGCAUGUUACCGAGCUGAAAGGGUUUCAUCCCAACAGUCCAGAUACCGAAUUGAACAUAAUUGCUGUCUACGUGAAGGAGAGGCCGGCUUACACGAUGAUCCAGUUCAUCAACAUCAUGUUCAAAGGAGUGAUGAAGGCGUUGGGUCGUGUAAUGCUGCGUCGGAACUACUACGAUGUCCAGGGCGUCAAGUCGCUCCCACAACACAAAUUAGAUAUUUGGCCAGGAUAUUGCAUCGCCGUGGAUGAGCAAGAAGGCGGUUUAAUGCUCUGUUUGGAUGCAUCCCAUCGUGUCCUUCGGCAGGAAACCAUAUAUCAACAGAUGUGUGCAAUGAGAACGCUUGGUCCGGACUGGAAGGCCAAGUUUGCAGAAUUUGCCGUGGGAAAGAUUGUUCUCACCCGAUUUAAUAAUGCUUCUUAUAAAAUCGACGACAUUUGGUGGCACGCAUCUCCGAAAGACCAGUUCUUAAGGAAAGAUCAAAUGGUUACCUACGCGGAGUAUUACAAGGAGCACCACGGUUUGCAAAUCCAGUACCCAGACCAGCCCAUGUUGGUGAGUCGGAUUAAACCGAGACGAGGGGAUGCUAUCCAAGAGGACAAGUUGGUCGUUCUGGUCCCAGAGUUGUGCUUCGUCACUGGUUUGACGGAAGACCAAAGGUCAAACUUUACCGUUAUGAAAGACCUCGGGGAGCACACCCGACUGAACCCUGGCCAGCGACGCAUCGCCCUGGAGAAAUUUAUCAAGGAAGUUAAUGGAACCCCAGAAGCCAAGGCCAUUCUUACAAAGUGGAAUUUGGAGAUGGAGAAUAUCCCACUCACGAUGAAGGCGCGGAUCCAUGCUGGACCAGCUCUCAAUUUUGGCAAGAAGCAGCUCGCUGCUGCUGGAGCUGACUUCAGCCGUGAUGCACUGUCCGGUGUUGUGCAACCAGUGCAUGUGAACAAAUACUUGCUAAUUUGCACUCAACGCGACAGUGACAAGGCGCGCCGCUUUGUGGAUCAAUAUCGGAAGGCAUGUAUGCAGUUGGGAAUCCAGGUCGCAUCGGCUCCCGAGGUCGUUGCAACGAAGGGACAUCAGAUCAGCGACUUUCGUCAAGCUAUCAAAUCGAACUUGACGCGCGAUAAAUACCAUUUCCUCUUCGUCUUGAUGCCUCAGCAAAGAGAGGAUGUCUAUGGAAUGAUCAAAAAGCUUUCCCUCUGUGAGUUGGAGGUCCCGUCGCAGUGUUGUCUCACAAAGACUCUCUCAAACGACAAAAAGUUCAACUCAGUCGUCCAGAAGAUCGCCUUGCAGAUCAACUGCAAACUCGGAGGCUCUUUGUGGUCACUCUCCCUCCCGUUUAAAAACCCGAUGAUGUUCGUCGGAAUUGACGUGGCCCACGAUCCGUUGAAGAAGGACGCCUCCGUUCUCGGGCUGGUUGCUACUCUCAACAACGAGUGCACUCGUUACGUAUCUAUUUGUCGCGUGCUGAAAGUGCAUCAGGAGGUUGCGGACAACUUACGAAGUGCUUUUGAAGAGGCUAUGGAAGCCUUUAACGUGGAACAAGGAUGUUAUCCAGUAAGAGUAAUCAUUUGGCGCGACGGUGGCUUGGCGGAUCCCAAGACAUUUAAUCAACACGAGUCGAAACAAGUCCUGGACGUCGUCAAAGAAAAAUGUGUUCCGAACACAAGCUUUAGCUUUGUCGUUGUCCAGAAGCGAAUUCCACAAAGAUUCUUCCAAAUCACGGGCCGAAACUGGGAGAAUCCGCAUCCUGGAACGGUCAUUGACCACACCGUGACGAGAUUCGACUCGUAUGAUUUUUAUAUCGUUUCUCAACUUGUGCGACAGGGCACCGUGACUCCAACUCACUACACCGUGAUCGAAGACGUGGGUGAAACUAAGCCCGAUUUGAUCCAAAAAUUCGCAUACGUCUCUUCGUUCAUGUACUACAACUGGCCAGGAACAGUCCGCGUUCCAGCCAUGACACAAUAUGCCCACAAGUUGGCGUCGCUGGUCGGAAGCAGUAUCCGCGCCGCUCCUGGAACAAGUCUUCGUGAAUCGCUCUACUAUUUGUAGACGAAAAACUAACUAUGGCCACAACCUUAAUUUUUGUCCAUGUCCAAAUGUCCAACUAUCCUCGAACAAUUAACGCUUACUCAACUUAUUCGAAUAUGCAUAAGUUUAGAUAUUAUUUGUCAUUAUUGACCUCUUUGCUGACACUCGACUUUGUCGUAAAUCAAUAGACUCUUAUUAGUUUAUUAGCAACUAGUUAAUUAAUCAUUGUCAACAAUUUAGUUCACAAAUUUUUUCUGCACCUUAAAUGACUAAUAUUUGCAACUUUGUUUAAAAUUGUGUGUGAAUGUUUUUAAACAAUUAUAUAAUUUAAGUUUGACAUGGUCACCUAACUACUCUUUAAUCAUUACCGAGUUUUGUUAAUGCACGAUUGGAUUGUUAGUUUUUAGUAAUGAACAUUAGUUUCUUAUGAUAUUUUAAUUUGAAAUUUUCAAAUGUACGAAAAAAUGGUACCUAGUUUUAGUGUCAGUGAUGAUGUGAAAUCGUCAAAAUUCGUAAUUUCACAAAAACAUGUUUUCAUGCUUGUUCACAUAAAUACAAAGUUAAUAAACAUCACUGUAUCACAAA